UAACAAAUGAGGGACACAGACAGUAAUUCAAGCGACAAUAAUCAUAUUGAGGAUAACUCUGAAGAAAUAGGCUGGGUUUCUUAUGGAAUGAUGGCUACUGGGACUAUGGUUGCUUAUCAAUUCUUCCUGGUAUACUUUAUGAGCACUCCAUCAACAAUAUCGGUAAAGAUUUCAGUUUCGCUUGCAAUUGGUCUCUUAGCUGUGAUUUGUGAAUCAUGCUUAAAGCUCCUAUCGUCCCUUAGAUCUUGCUUCUGCAAACGGAAUCCUCGCCAUAGGUCGUCCAGCUUAGACUCAGAGACUAGAGAAAUGAAUGAAAUCUACAUUCGAGAGGAGAGCCAUUCUGAAGAAGAUAACUUAAUAAGGAAGAACUCCCUCUGGAAGUACGUCUCCUCCUUCAUAACUAAAAUCAAAUAAUGACGACAGCUACUGGAAAAGCAAGGACUCCAGCCCAGAGCAGAAGGAGUGUCAGACCAAGCACGGAGAAUUUAGAGAGCAAGAAGAAGAUAAGGCCAAUGAGCUUAGCCAACCCUUGCUGGAUAAAGACGAUGAGAGCAAAUCGUAUUUGAAGGUGGCGUCGAGAGGAGGAACUUUUAAGGACUCGACUCUUAAUGUCAGCAAUCAUUCGUACCGUGCUCUAGAGAGGUAUGAGUCAAAUGAAGGCUCUGAAAUUAUGAAAUCAAAGUUCUAUAGAGAUUCUUUAAUGCGAUCAGAUGGAGACAAGUCUUUAAAUAUACACCAAAGGAUCAUGCAGAAAAUAAGAGAGCAAGAAAUGGAAAAUCAAUCUGAAGAAGAGAAUCGUGAGUCCCGAAUGAUUACUUUGCUUAAAACAUGAAAUUUAACCUUAGGAGCUCUUCUUUUGAGUGUUUCACAUUAUGGGUUUUUAUAUUGAUUCGAAUCAAGAAGAUUCUAUGCUUUAAGUAAGCAGACCCAUGAUAACCAAUUGAACCAUGUAUGGAUGUACGGUCAAGUGCUAGUCAUGAUAAUCAUUCCACUUUUCUUUCUAGUGGCUUGGAAAAUGUAUAAAUGAAAUAAACCACUUUGGAUAAUGAUGGCAACAACCAUAAUACCUUUUCUGAUUGUAUUAUCCCUCGUGCUAACUUCCUGGAAGAUUUACUACGAAGAUAAUUACUUUAUAGUUUACUGAUAUGAGACAGCUGCUUCCUUCCUAUUUGCUAUUUCUUUAGCAAUAAUAAAAUAUACUCAAAAGCCAGGGGAUAACUUUAUGCAAUCAUAUAUGCACACUUUGAAGACAAUGAUAUAUUCUGAUCUAAUGUUGUCCAUCUUUCUUCUUGUGAUGAAAUAUUUUUGAAUAUACCCUUGGAUAUAUUCAGAAGACGUGUUAUAUAAGUCUAUAGCCUGGUAUGAUUGCUACUUCGACCCUCUUGUUCUGCCUGUAGCAGGAUUUUAUUUAUUGAGCAACUUCUUGAUCUCUCAUAUGAUGUCUCAAUCACAGAGGAAGAAUUCUAAGAAUAUCUUUAGCCCAAGUAAAGUCAGAAUCACAACUUUGUUGUGUCUCAAAGCUUUCGAGUCUGAAAUUUUAACCUUGAUCAGUCUUUUUAUCAAUAGUGAAGAGUUGGAUAUUAUCGAUAUGAUGGGCAUGUUUGUAUUCAUCAUUGCUAUAUUGAUAAUGAGUUGUGAUGAUACCUCAACAUUACUCAUCCAGACAAUAUUUUCCAAAGAGCAGCCUUCAUUUAUCAAUGAAGUCUCAGAGGAAAACUACAAUUCGAGGCAAAAAUCAAUGAUUGAUAGAAAUUUAGAGUAUUUUGUAGUUGAAACAGAUGAGAGCUUACUUGUGAAGCAUCGGGAAGCUAUUUCUUCACACUAUAAAGAUGCAUCAAUUCAGAGGUUCAAUCUGAAGUUUUACGGUAUCAACAUUCCUUCCAGUGGUCUUGAUCCAAGAGAUGAGAAGGAUCUGAUCCGGCAAGGCUUAACUGAUUACACUGAUAGAUUAUAGAAUCUUUGAACCAUGGAUUUCUUAUACUAUUGAGGCUAUU